AUGAUGCUACUUUUGCGCUUCAGCAAACUUUCAUGGCGCUAUCAGCAACUGCUUCUUGCACUUCUUUUAGCAGUAGCAAUAUGUUAUGCUACUCCAAUGAAAUAUAAAUAUGAUCCAUUUGUGAUGGAUGUUAAUACAUUCCUUCAUGCAAAACGAGAAUCCGGUCUUCUUUCCGCUGACGCAUUAAUGAAUGAUGAUGAUGAGACUAGCAUCAGGAAUAUUACCGCUUUAGUCCGUUCUAAACGGAGCUGUUGCGGUUGUUGUUGCUGUUGUUGUUGCUGCUGCUGCUGUUGUGGUAAAAAGAGAAAGCGAUCAGUUAAUGGAACAGAAAUAGGUCAAGGAUCAUUGUCAAGACGUCGUCGUGCACUUCAUGAUCUGGAAAGAUGGAACUAUAUGCAAAAUACGAAACAGAAUAUUCGUAGUGCUCUUCUGGAAUUGAUUUAA